UGUGUGUUACAAAAAGCCGGAAAUUGGAGAUUCAACGCUUUCACGCUGGAAACAGUGACGGGAGGUAAGCAAUUAAAAAAAGAAGAGAAAAGAAAAAUAGUUCGACUCGACUGCAGCUCGUUAAAGCUCGAUGUCGUGAAUGUGUGAAAAAUAAUCUGAAAAUAAAUGAAAACUGAUCAAAAGAUUAAAUUAAAAUUCGAAUCAGGCAGUAAAUUAGGUAAGAAUAUUUAUAUUCUAAGAAAAUAUUUUAUUAGAUCUUUCGAAUCAUUAAUAUAUUUUAUGCUUUGUAAAAAUUGGAUGUUUUAAUUGAAUUUUUGGGACGAUAUCACGAAUGAUUUAACAAAUAAUAGAUCGAAAGAUAUAUUUUAUCUGAUAAUGAAAAUUGCAUUCACCAUGUUAAUUAUUUAAAGGACGUUUAUAUUGGCGUUAAGAUAAGAUGUUUGCAGAAUAUCAACGAGCUUAAUAAAACGAAUAAAAAUAUAAAUCAAUUUCAACUAAUUAAAAUUUAAUAUGCAUUACCUAGUAGAAAUGGAAGAAAAUAAUAAAAUACAUAUUGUUUCUGAUUUUCUUUUCUAUGUUCUAAUAUUUCUCGAAUAAUGUAAUAUUUUUUAAGCUUUUACAUUAUAUAUCUUACUUAAAAUAUAACAGCGAGAAAAGUACUUAUUUAAAAACUUCAUUUUGUCAAAGUGCAAUACAAACAGAAAAUAAUGAAUGUAUUGUUUUACACUUCUUAUUUAUGUAACAAUAUAAGAAAAGAAUGAUUUUCUAAAUUUGAAACUAUGUUCAGUAGCAGCCAAAAACUUAAGACAGUUUAGUAGAUGAUGAAUAUUUUGAUAAAUGAUAUUUUAAAUUGUUACAACCUCUUGAAAGAAAAAAAAAGUACACCAAUCUAGCUGAACUGAUUUUAAAAUGUAAAGCCUAGUCUUCUUUGUGCUGUGUUCGUUCCUUUAAAGAUGUUCUCAGAUCAUGUAGUGGAUGGGAAAAUAAGAAUAUUUUUCUUCUCGAAAACUACAAAAAUAUUCAAACGUCUCUACAAUGAUCUUAAAGAUUAAGGUCUCCAAUUUUAUUGAAUUUUUUGAAUUUUUAUCGUUUAACUCCAAUAUUCAAAGUCCAAUAAAAACAAAAAAAGAAAAAUCAUAAAAUGUAGAGAAUCAUUGUAAAGGGACUUUAAAUCAUGAAAAAAAUUUAUCAAUGUUUUCACAUACUAGAAAAAUUUGUAGCAUUUUCGAAAAACAAAGUGUCUUCACUUUCCUAGCUGGUCAUGAUAUAAAAACAUCUGAAAAUAAAAUGAAUGAUGCAUUUUUAAAAUAGAAAUUUUAAGCUUUAAAAUGAGCCUAGGAUUAUUGUUACAUGAUUCUUUUUUAAUGAAUUUUUUUAUUGAUUUAAAUGUCUAGUAUCCAAAUAUUAACGUGAGUAACUGUACAUUUUUUCUUCAGAAAAUUAUAACAGUGUUUAAAAUAUCUAUUAUAACAGUUUAAAAUAUCUUCUAUCAAAAAGGCUGUCAUCUUAAACUUCUGACUGCUACUAUACGCUACUAAAAGCACAACAAACUUAGUAAGUUUUUGUAACGCAGAGAAUGUAUCAUAAAAGCAAGCAACUAAGAAACUGCAAUAAAUAAUUGCGAAUGUGUAUGUAAUUCAACGUAUGCACAAAAUUGAAUUUUUCAACAGAGCUCACGGUAUCUCAAUAUUCAUCGUCGUGUGUGAAAAACAAUACUUAAGAAAAUUGAAAAAGGAAGUAAAACUUCUAGAAAAAAAAUCUUUGCUUUUAGAUAAUAAACGAACCGAUUUGUCAUUCCGAUACCAGAAAUUCGUGCAAACACGCAAAGAGGAAUGGUAUUUAAACGGAAAGCGGAAUUCUUGCUUGAAAGGUAUUUCACCUUUUCAAGUUCCAAAAUUCUCGAGAAUUUCCCACGAAUAUUAACUUGCAAUUUGAUUUAUUUAGCUCAAGUUCAAACAAAGCAUUUAUUUAUUUAUUUAUGAAAAUAUUUAUAUAAUAUAAAUGAGAAGAAAAUUCACAUAUGAGAAUAUUGUAUAAUAUAAAAUUAAUUAUAAAUUUUAUUCAUGGUAGUUUCAUGUAUUUUUUUUUUUUAAAUAUUACCUAUAAUGUACCUACAUAUAUUUAAUCAAAGUAACUUCAAUAGUGAUCAAAUGUGCUUCCUAGUAAUAAACUAAUUCCAUUAUUCCAGAUUUAGAAAAAAGAUAAAUUAUAAAUAAUAGAGAUAAGUUAUAAAAAUUCAAAAAUUUUUUCAAUGAAUCUAUUAUAAUGUUUUCAUUUAUAGUUUCUCUUAUUUAUAAUUUAUUUAUUUAUUUAUUUAUUUAUUUAUUAAAUUCUUUUAUUUAUAAUUUAGGUAUUAUGUUAUAUAUAUAAUAGAAUAUAAUAAUUUAGGUAUUAUAUUAUAUUAUAAUUAUAAAUUCUUUUAUUUAUAAUUUAGGUACUAUAAUUUAGGUAUUAUAAUAUAGGUAUAUUACAAAAUUCUCUAAAUAAAAUGAAGAAUGUUUUUAACUUGCCCAAAUGCUAGAUACUAUUAAUGUCUUAAUGAAUAUUCUGAUUAUUCCUGCUUCUAAUUUAUGCUUCUAAUGAUAUUUUUAUUAAGGUAAAUUUUUUCUAUUUAAAUUGAGGAUAGAAUUUUGUAUGUUAUCAAUUUAUCAAAAUAUACUUUCAAGGAAUAACAUUUCGUAUUUCACCAACCUAACAAAAUAUUUUGACUUUUUGACUAUUUCUUUGAUUUAUUUAGGUACGUUUAUUAUCAAAGACAACGAAAGACGUAUAUUUUAUAUACGAUAUAUUUGAUAUUUAUAUAUCAAUAAUUUCUCUUUUAGAUCCAUUUCAUUUCAUAACUGUUGGUUAUCUAGCUAUUCCUUUACAUUUGCGGAAAAUAUGUCCUUAUUUCCUAAGAAUCAAAAUAAAUAUGAUCGUUCGAAUCAGAAGCGAUGUAUCGUUCUAUGAAAAUCAAAUAAAUUACACGCAGAAUUAAAUAUGAUAUAAAUGUAUAAACAAAUUAAAUAUUAUACAAAAUGAGAAAUAAUAACUAUUAGAACUGUGAGUCAGUCAUAUUGUGUACAAGGUUGUUAUUCUUUCCUCCAUUUCUUCUCAUCAUUUGACAUUUUUCUCAGGGUCUAAAGUAGUUUCAUUUCACUAUUAUUCUAACUCGACGACACAACACCUUGACUUGCGACUUAAAUUCCAUGCUUGUCGAGUAUCACAUUACGUUUGAUUUUUAGGACGUUCGCUACCGGUACUGUGCGUCCAUCUUUUUCAUUGGUAUGGGCUUCUACAACACUUCAACCUGGACGUAGUAACAGUGUGGAAAUUAUUUGGUAAGGAAAUAUAUAAGUAAAAAUGUAAAUGUAAUUAAUGUAAACAAAAACAGUAAUGUUUAAAAAUAUUAAGAUAAAUGCCACUGAAAAUGUUUUUUAAAACGAAUGUUAUGUAAUUUUGAGAAAUUUUUUUUAACGAAAAUGUAUAAUGGUUCUCGAAGAUGGUUCUGAAAGAAUAUUUUGCAAUUUUGCAUACUUAGAAACGAAAUUUUUAUUUGAACAAACACUUUUUUGAUAAUUUGUUUUGUAUCGAUAAAGUUUUGAACAUGAUUCAUUGAUGUUUCAUUUUUUAUUGAAUAACAAUACAGUAUCUGUUAUUACUAUGUAAUAAAUAUAAUAUCUAUUACUAUAUAAUAAAUAUAAUAUCUGUUUUCUAAACAGAAUGUUACAAGCCAUUAUUUUCUUUGAAACUAAACUUGAAAUUUUAGGUACAACUACUUAUAAGAAGUUGUAGAGAUAAGUUGUAGAGGUAGAAUCUAGGAAUGACUUUUCUAUUAUUUUUAAUGAAAUAAUAUAUUAAUUUUCCAUUAUUCCAAUAAUUUGUUGUCAGAUUUAGCUUUUAUUUGAAACAUCUUUUUUUUUAUUCUACAUAAUUACACAAUUUUUAUUCUGCAAAUUUCAAAUAGCUUCAGAGAAAGCGGUUUGUAAAAUGUCUUGUACAUUUCUAAAUUUUUUCAAUGUUACAGUUACAUAUUUCUUCCAUUAUAUAUCUAUAGAUAUUUCUUUCAUAUCAAUAUUAUAAAAAUCAUUAUAAGUCCUAAGAUAUCAAUUUUCAAAUAACAAUACAUUACAUUAUAUCAUAUUACAUUCAAUCAUUUAACACAGUUUUAAGGUCUAAUUGUAAAUCUUUGCUUUAUUUAUUCUUUUAUGUUAUUUUUAUAAUGAUGAUCGACAAAUGAACCUUUCAAAUUAAUUAAUUCUACGUUCUGUAAAUUUUCCAAUUUUACAGAAUACACAGUCAAAUCAAUGUCCAAUUUCAAAUCAAGCAAAUAAUAUAAAUAAAUCAAAAGAGCUAAAAUCAAUACGGCUUUUGGAGAAAUCAAAUUUUCAAGAAAUAUUUAUCGCAUUCACAGAAAUCAUGUAGAUAUUCAAAGGCAUUCAAAUAUUUGUUUAAUUUUGAUGGAAUACAAUUUAAUAUCAAAAUUAUAAAUCGAUGAUAAUUUUGUUUCUCAUUGUUGUUGCAAUUAAAUAAGUUAGCAUCUACAUAUCAUAAAAUGAUUGAACAUUCUUUCUUCAUGGAUUAUUCAGUUUUUAACUUGUGAAUCAGAUGAAAAGAUUUUUUAUACUAAUAAAAAAAAAAUAAUUAAAACAAUAACAUUUAACACUGCUAGACGUAUUUAAUUUUGUAUAUUAUUGAUAUCUCCAUAAAGAAAAAAAAAUUAUACGAAUUCCAUUAGAAUUGCUUUUAAUUAUUAAUUUGUCGUUAUUUUAUGUGACAUUUCAAUGACAUUUCCCUGUUAUCAAAAAUCGAACGACGUAUCUCUGGAUAUUUCCCAACAGUAAUAUACAUGUAAACAACUGAAUAAAAUAAUGACAACGUAGCAUAUAAAUUGAUUUCACAUCCGCAAAAGCUAAUAGCAUAGUAUAAAUUUACUUAGCGCAUUUGUGAAGUCGAACAACCGUUUUCCACAAUUUCUUUCCCUCCAUGUGACUUUUACUGGCGUAUCACGUCUGUUUCUUUGACACUGUGUUUCCACAAAAGGCAGAAUCCUUGUCUGCCCCCGUAUUAAUGAUCGUUGCUCUGUUUCUGCACGAAAUUUUUACGUCAUCACUUGGAAUACAGGUCGGAAGCUAUUCGUCACCAUUAAAUAUUCAAAAGGGGAGAGUGAGUCUCGUGAAGAGAAACGGCCCUCUUUACGCGUCGCGCCACGCCGUACGUAUUCGUAUUUAUAGACCAUGCGCGACGCUUAUUAUUUAUUUAUUCUGUAUGAGAUUUCCAUACAAACAGGAUUUGUAUCUAUAAAAAAGGAAUUGGAAGGAAUUGGUAUACGUGAAUAUUAAAACCUCGGUUAAGUAAAACAAACUCGGCUACGUAAGAAUAGUAUUAUGGUAAAUUCGCUUGCUAGAAGGGAUGAUGGAAAUCGACGGUGUUAUUUGUUUAAUGUUAUUUUAUGAAAUCAAAAAUUCAGAAAAUUUGAAAUAUUUGAUGGAAUAAUUUUCGUGGUUCUGUAUUUCUAUUCGUAUCAACAUUGUUAUGAAAUUGAAAUUGUUAUGUACAUUUUUGUUGCAUACCUGUUUUCUUUGGUUUCUGCAGAAUUUCCAAUCUAAUUGUGUUCAAUUUUUUGUCUCUCACAAUAUUAUACUAAAAAUUUAUUUAUAAAAUAAUUUAAUUACAUUUUCAGUUCUUUCUUAAUAUAAAUUAAUUAAAAAUAAAUAUAUAUAACUUUUAGUUCAGUUAUCUUUCCAAUACUUUAUCUGUUUUUUUUUAUCUUUCACUUUCGAUUCGAUUGCAUUUUCAGUUUUUUAUUGUUUUUAUUAUUUUAUUUUAUUAUAUUAUUUUCCUUUUCAUUAAAAAUUAAUUUCGUGUCAAAAUUUAAAAAUUUCUAAAUGAAAGAUUGCAAUAAAUUAUUUACAAAAUAUUGGUAAUUUUUUUUUAUCAUUUAAGCAACGAUUCGAACAAUAUCUUUCUCUUGUUAUAAAAAUUUCAUUAUUGUCGACUAUUAAUAAAAUUUUGAUGAUUAGUGUAAAUUAUCAUCAAUAUAUGAAAUUUCAUAGAAAUAGAAAUAUAUAUAUAUAUAGGUACUUAUUUUUACAAUUAGUAUCUUGAUUAAUUUCUUCGCUUAGCAUUUGUUAUUUAUUUAAAAAAUAAAAAAUAUAAUCUUGAACAAAUACUUUGAUGCUUAAAAAGUUUCAUAUAAAGUUUUUAUUUCUAUUAUUUUCUAUUAUGUACUGCUAUUUUGCAUUAGAAAAAUAUUAAUAUUUAACACUAAAAAAAGAUAAAUCUUAUGAUCAACGUUUUUAAAUUCAUAUAGAUAAAAUUUAUACUGUUCUUACUAUUUAUUAUUAAUUUGUUUAAAUAAUUCUUGUAAUCAAAGAACAUUAAAGUGAAAAUGUGAAAAUAUUGGAUUUUUAUUUCCAAAAAUUGGAAUUCAAAAAUAUAUAAUAAUUAAGUUUACCAUUAUCACAAACAUAUAAUCUCUCGAUAUACUUGACAUUUUAUUAACAUAAUACGUUGUAUAGUUGUUCAGAGAUAUAAUGCAUUUAUAAAAUUCACUGUUAUAAUGAUAAUAUUAAAAUUCUUUUAGGAUAUGCUCAAGAAUUAAUAACACAAGAAUAAUACAAAAAUAAUUAUAAUACUGAAUUCUUGAUAUUAUAUAAUGUGUGAUAUUUAAAAAAAGUUUUUUUAUUAAUAUCUUUAAUACAAUUCUUACGAGUCUGGUCCCUAUACUUGCGCAUUAAAUCCGCGUCAGAAACUAUUCUUAUUAUCACAUUAUUCAAACUACCAACUAACCUCUAUCAACUAACCUCUACUCAAAACUGCCACGCGACAUCUGAAAACACAUGGUAAACAGAAUUUAAUUAUAUUCGGUUUUUUUCUAUUCAGCCUUCAUCGAGGAGGGUUAUCACAGCACAAAUCCUUACCACAACAGUAUACACGCGACCGACGUAACUCAGGCGAUGCAUUGCUUCUUGCAAGAGGAAAAAAUUAGGACGCACUUAACCAACUUGGAAAUUAUGGCAUCGCUGAUUGCCGCGGUGACGCACGAUCUGGAUCAUCCAGGCGUUAAUCAACCAUUUCUAGUUGCCACGAGCAAUCACUUGGCUGCUCUUUAUCAAAACACGUCAGUUCUUGAGAAUCAUCACUGGAGAUCAGCGAUAGGAUGCCUUCUGGAGAGUGGAGUUUCCGAUCAGUUGCCAGCCAAUGUGAGACCAGAACUUCAACGGCACAUCAGUUCGUUGAUUUUAGCCACCGAUAUUACCAGACAACAAGAAUUUCUUAUUCGAUUCAAGCACUACUUGGACGAAAACCUGUUGGAAAUGAGGCGCGCAGAUGAUCGACAUUUCAUUCUACAAAUAGCCCUGAAAUGCGCCGAUAUAUCGAACCCAUGCAGACCUUGGGACAUCUCGCAGAAGUGGUCGCACAAAGUAUGCGAAGAAUUCUUUCGUCAAGGUGAUUACGAACGUCGUCUGAACCUUCAGGUGACACCAUUAUGCGAUCGGCAUACCACUAGCAUACCAAAGAUACAGGCUGGAUUCUUUAAAUUUGUCGUAUCGCCUCUGUACGAAGAAUGGCAUCGUUUCCUGGGCGAUGGUCUUAGUGUAUCGUUAAUGGAACACCUUCGAGCAAAUCAGAAGAAAUGGGAGACUUUAAUUCUCCAAGAAACGGCGAAGGAAACAGAAACGGAGAUCUCAGAAUUGGAAGAAAUAGAAGACGCAAUCAGUUCUGUGGAAGAUCCAACUGCAGAAGAAGAUACAGAAAAUAUCAGUCUGCUUAUACCAGCUGCAUAUGUUCAGUCCUCUAAAAUGCAGAGUCUACCGGCACGAGUUGGCCUGGAACACGUUGGAAGACGCCAUUCUGUACCAUUGAGUAUCACGAAACCUUUAACCCUUCUUCCACGAAGUAACGUUAGGCGUGAAAGUUUGCCGAGUGAACAGAGCAAAUCGAGAAAUCUUUUGUGGAAACUGGACGAUCAGAGUUUUCUAGAUCCAAGUUCGUUGUCUUUACUGUCGUCCAAAACCAGUAUACCGGAACUUUCCCCGAGUGCCAACAAUACAGGAGAGAGACCAGUCAGUGCUGAAAGUCUUCUGCCAGAAACCAGUAUAGCUAGUAUCACCAAUAGCACUGAGGCAACGAGGUUAAGCACGGUAUUACAAUCGGAUGCUCAACAGCCAAGUACGCAGACAAAACAGCUAACGAGGCAACAGACUUUCCCUCCAUUACAACCGUACGUUAGAACAAGGUAUCUAUCUACGACCGCGGAGAUGUCGCAAUGUUACUCACAAAACUUAAUAGAGGCAGAGAGCUCGGCUUCUUCCUCAUGUUCGCUAAAAGAAAAAUCGUGCUCAGAUGGCCGUUGCGGUACUCCUCCAACAAAGGAUAUAGACUCUAGUAACGUUCAAUUGUCAAAAGACGUAGAUAUACUAAAUAGGAGACGAGCUUCUGCAAUUUCGGAAACAUUUAGGCAGAAAACAGAACCAAUAUCAGCUAUCGAAUAUCCACGACGUCAUUCGGUCCAAACGAUCCGUAUAGAAGAUUUCAGCUUUAAAAAUCGUUAUAAGCGACCAACUUCUGCUCAAGGAACGGAUUCCAUGCAUAUCUUCUACGCGCCGUUAACUGUUUCACGUUCCGACAAAGAUGGUCAUAGUAUUGAAGAGGAAUCUAAGUUGGAUACCACUUCCAUCUUGAAAACAAAAUUGGAAAGUGAAAAAUCGAUAAGCGAGGAACAACGGACUACGACGGUAGCUACGACGUUCUUAAACAAAUCGGAACAAUGUGGUUCAAUAACCAUUGCUACAAAACCAAAGUGUACCAACUCCGAAUUACGAAGAUACUCAACUCCUGUGCCAGAAACUAAGACAAUAACGACUGAUGCCGGUGGUAGACGAUUUACCGCGAUACCAGUGUCCUCCGAACUUAGUACACAUAAAGUGUUCUUUAUUGGUAGCCCACCAGACUCACCGCCCUUUGUUCAGAGCGUGUCCUCAUCAAGCGAUAGUGGUAGCGAUUCGCGAAGAGGAGAUAUGAAUAACGAGAUUGUUUCUACUAGUAAUAAGCGAGACUCGGAUCCGAUGAAAGAAAGAAAUUCUAAGAUAGCCAAAUUAAGUAUGGAUAUGCAGAUGAAGGAAAAUGUUGAUCCCCGAGCGAUAGAAGAUACAAAAGGAAUUGCUUUAUCUAGGAAGGGAAGUCAGUCAUGGACUAGACGGCGUGGAUCUGCUCCAGUUGGUCUUCUAUCUAGAUUGGAUGACAUCGCAGUACCAUCUAUAACAACCAGAGUUGAUCACACUUCCAGACGUGGUUCUGUACCAGGUGACAUUACUAGACAACAAGGUGGCGGUUUUAAUAGAUUAGCCUUGGGACCUCGAGAGGGUAAUGUUGCAGCACCUCGAAGAGCAAGUCUUCCACAAGAAACUGCUCUUGGAAAUCUUCUUGGCAAUAUUUUGUCUUUAACUAAUGAACGAGAGAAUCUCCCAAUAAAUAAUAAUAAUAAUAACAAUAAUACCGGAAGUAGCAACAAUAACGGAAUAGCGAGAAUAGUUCAUAGCAUCGGCCCCGGCAUGCCAUCUCCGCGGCGAGGUUCAGUGCCGGCAGACAUAUCUGAAUUACGCCGUGAUAUGUUCAAUAGGAGUAGCAUAAAUGGUAAGCCUCGUAAUCGGAAAAAGAUAUUGAGGAGAAGGAGUUCUGGAGGACCAGAAAUGUUUUCUGGAGGAUCCACAGAUGGAAACGAUAAUGGCACAUGGCUUAAAUGGAAGAGGGAACUAGGAAAAAAGGACUCAAUUCCUGAACCGCUCGUCAAACGAAGAGGUUCCUUGCCCAUAGAGAUGGUGGCCAUUUCUCAUGCUGGU